UUGAAUCAUGGUCGGCUUGUAGAGCCUGCUCGUUAACAAUAUCAUGAAUCUCGCGAUGAACGGUGCAGUCAUUAGUGUAUAAGUAUGUGGAGGAAGAUACUUGGCUAGUUAAGUUAUUUAUGUAAUUCAGAAUGAGUAGCCAACCUAAAAUGGAGGAACGUUAGACGUGGUCAUUAAUAGCAACAUACCAAGAGAAAGAAAGCAUUUUAUCCUGACAAGCAGUCAAGAUUACGCAGAGAGAGUUAGUUAGAUGUUAUGGUUUAGCUGAUUGAAUGCUUUGGAAAAAUUGAAAAACAUGUUGGCAGUGCGGGAAUUUCUGCCUAGUAUAGCAUGUAAUGAAUGUGUUAAAAGAAGCUGUGUUUCACAAGAAAAAAAAGUAUGUCGAAAGCCAUGUUGUGCAGACUUAAAGGAAGCAUUAGGUUCAAGAAAAUUAAAAAGCUGCGAAUAUAAUUAUCUGAAAGGAAGUUAGGGGUUAGGAGAGCGACUCUGUUAGCUGAUGUACAUAAUGGAACCACUUCCCACUCCAUGUUCAGAGAUUGCUGAAAAAGUUUUGCCAGAAAGGUGUAACAGGUUGUUGUUUCAAGAACAUUUAGUUGAUGCUAUUGGGACCACAGGAUAAUGACAGUUUGAAAGAAUUGAUUAUAUGUUUAAUCCCAGCAGAAUCAAUCAAAACAGGAAACAUCGGGCAGAAAUCAUGGUUUGAAGCAUCAAGCACUGUCGAAACUGGGGGGCAAAAUUUACUAAAGAAAGUUUUAAAAAAUAGAAGGGAUCUCAUUUGGUAAAUAUGGCUAACCAGAUUCAUUACAAAGAGAAAUGUUGCAGUUAUCUUUUCUGUUUGCAUAGGACCAGAACUUUUAAAUUAUUUCGCAGCGUAUUUGGUAUUGUGCGGUUAAAAAAAUAUUAGCCGGCAUAACAGACUGCAUUGGCGUAUUCUAUGUCUGCCGCAAAAUGUGCAAUACACCGAGUAUUAGUGUUAUGGAACUUGGCAAGAUUUAUUAGGCUCGUUUUUUUUUUUUAUUUCGAAGACGGGUGAGUACUCCAGUAUACAAAGGUGCCCUAGCAAUAGCUUGAAUAUUUCUUGAAGGUACAUAUGCAUGGGUGAGCUCCUUGAUUUUCACGCAAAAUGAAUCCCAGUUUUCCUGGAUGGAUUGCUGAUCGAAAUCAGCCACAUAUGCGUAGAGGUACUCAUUGGUAGCAUAAAAGUUGGCACUGAAUAAGUUUAAUUUUGCUGGAUCGUGUGUUAUGAAAAAUUUUAAAUAGAAAUUUAACGCGCCAUGGUCGGUUAGACGAGGCAGUAUUUCGAUAUUAGAUGGCAGUUGAGGAUGAGUCGACAAUAUUAAGUCUAAUGUAUUUGCAGACUUUUUGGUACAUCUAAUUGACCUUGUUCGUUAAUUUGAAACUUAAUUUUAAGCAGCUACACAUUCAUUGCUGUCAUGCAACAGCUGUGGCUUUGCGCAUCGUGCCAAGGUGUGCACAAGGACUGUGAAAAAGGUUCUGCUGGAACCACGAUGCCUCUGCAGGGAAAACAUUUGGAUGCCGUAACAAAAAGUGCACCAGCCAACACAGUGUCUUGGAAAACGCAUUGCUGUAGUUUAUGCUGUAAUUCUGCAGGGUUACACAAGUCCACUGGUCUUAUAAUAACUUGUUCACCCUUGAAUAUUUUCUAUAAUGUUAUGUGAUUGUCAGUUGUUGACCUUAUAACGGCAAAAAGCGAUGAGAGUGAUGAUAAUAUGUGCAAGAAGACAAAACACAUUCCAGCACCUUCACCCAUGCUCUUCGGUUCAGGAAGGAGGCAUACAUUUGUCAUCCACGAGGCCCCAUUGUGCCCAGCUGCAAGUAGUAUGUGCAGUCAUGGCUUGAGGUUUUUUUUCUUUUUUCUUUUUUUAAGGCGAUACAUCGCACAUCUUGAGUAACGUCCCUCCCCUGAAUGCUUUCUCACUCGCCGCCGUGGCUUAGCGGCUGUGGUGUUGCGAUGCUAAGCACGCGGUCGCAGGAUCAAAUCCCGGCCACGGCAGCCGCAUUUCGGUGGGGGUGAAAUGUGGCAACAUCUGUGUCCCGUGCAUUGGGGGCACGUUAAAGACCUAAUGGCGGUCAAAAUUAUAAACCAAAGACCCCCCCUAUGACAUGCCUCAUAACGAAACCCUGGUUUUGGCGCAUAAAACCCCAGAAUUCAUCCAUACCUGAAUUCUCUGAAACAUGCGCAGGUUCCAUAAUGUGAAAAACAAGAAGCACAUCACAGGUGACACGUCUUGGCUUCUUUCUGGCAUAGUUCUUCUGAAAGUACGAUGCUCGCAAUAGAGAGAGCUGCAUGUACUCCCUCCCUCCGUGCAUUCAAUGGUAUGGCAAAGGAACGGAAGAGUGGCAAGGGACGACUGUUUGCCUCACAAGUUCAGCAAGCUUUGUUCUCGGCUGCUGCUGCUGUCAUGAGUUUUGCAGUUUUGACACUUUUAUGUUUCGGUCUGGCGGCAAGCGACGUUCAUUCCCCUGCAACCAGUGUCCCUUUGUGGCCACCGACCGGGUCGGGCACGAGCGGCACCAGCGCACGCACACGGGGGAGCAGCCAUUUGCGUGCCCGCUGUGCGGCCGCCGCUUCAACCACAAGUCCAACAUGGCGACACACAUGCGCCGGCACACGGGCGAGAAGCCUUUCCCGUGCGACGCGUGUGGCCGCCAAUUUGGCUUCAAGGUGGCACUCGUGAAGCACAUGCAAGAAGAGCACGGCACCGAGCCACUCAGGUGCAUCAUCUGCUCGGCGGUGUUCGCCAGCCAGGGCGGACUGGACGCCCAUGCCAGGGGCCACACCGAGGAGCCCCGGUUCAUGUGCAGCCUGUGCAUGCGUCCCUUCAAGCACAAGCGCAACCUGGCACGCCACAUGGAGCUCCACGCCUGGGAGGAGAAGCAGCGAGCCGGUGGCCACAGUCCACCACCGGUCUACGAGGACUGAGCCGUCUUCCGAUUGGUCUGGUUACACAUCACCAACCGUGGUACUCCGGACAAGACAGAGGUCCACUGGCAUCAAACGAGGUGUUUCAACAAGGCGACUUGUCUUCGUCCCUGGUGAUGACAAGUCCAUGUUCGACCAGUCCCUUGUUCGACCACUCCGGCAGGCGUGCCCCCGUGAUGGCCAGUGGUGUGCGCCAGCUGCCCUGCCCGUAUUGCCCGAUGCGGUUCAAGCGCCGGUGGAACCUCAACAUGCACGUGCACACACACACGGGCGAGCGCCCUUACCAGUGCUGCUACUGCUUCCGGGCCUUCGCCGACCGGUCCAACAUGCGCAAGCACAUACUCAUCCACACAUGCAAGCAACCCAUGGCUUGACAUUGCCCGUGCAGCUUGGGCUUUGCUGGCCCACUUGCCGUUGGGUCAUGUCUGAAAUGUGACUCCAUUGUCCAUAGACUGGAAACGUUGGAAUGCAAGGGCAGUGCUGUGUCAGCAAUGCACAGACAUUUUGUUUUUAUCAAACGCUUUCCAACUUUGCUACAUGGUGUCAAAUUGUUUGUGAAGGUGUUUGCAUUGUUUUUUCUAAUAAAAAAUUAAAAUGCUGACCGCAA